GGCGUCGUUGGUUACCAAACAAGAAUCACUUUGUACGAGUUUGUAGAAAAGUACUGCAGAAAUGUAGCCGUAAUGACCGUUUAUUCUUUACAAAAGUAAAAUAUCUAUCAUUUUUCGUUAUGGGUACGAGUGCUAGCAGUAACAAUCAAGCAAAAAACCCAAAUCCGAGGUCGAAAACGAGUUUUAAACUCCCAGAAGAAAGUCGUCAAAUGCUCGAGGAGUGGAUGACAAAUGUCCCUUUUUCUUUAACUUCAUCGCAAAAACAAGUCAUCUUUGAUGCCGUACAUCUACUAGAUGUUGAAGCUCCAAAGACGUUGAUAAGAAAAGGCGACGAUGUCAUUGGAAUAUUCAUAGUUUUGUCAGGAAAGAUAGAAGUCGUUCACGAAGGACAUGUGAUUAGAGAAGUACCAAAUGGAGACUGUUUUGGCGAAGUGUCUUUGAUGUACGGAACAAAAUGUACUGCUGAUGUAAGAGCUGUGAGCAGAGCCUCCCUGCUACUAUUAAAAGCACAGGAAGCCCGCCAGCUAUUUACCUUACCACCAGAGAUCACAAUACUGGACUGGUUUGUCAAAAGAAAGUAUGUGGACACUAGUGGUUUGUUUCCAAAAUCUAAACUCAGCCAAGAGAUCGCAUUGAUUACGUUGCAAAAGGCACCAAUAUUCCAGGGAUGGAGGGAAAUAACUCUCAAGCAGAUUGUUGAGUCACUGAAAGAAAGACCAUUAACAAUGUACCCUGCCGGCAGCUUAAUAUACAGUCAGGAAGUCACAGGAUGGGAAAUAUAUCUUCUUGUUCAUGGAAGAGUACAGUUUUCAACCAACAACCAGGACCUUGUGGUUUUUGAUGCCAGCGAUCAGGGAUUUUGCUUUGGCGAGGAAGGAUUUUUUGGAAACACCAAAAGAAGAUCCUCUGUAAGGGCUUUAUCUACCUGUCAAAUCAUUAUGCUUGAAGCAAAAAAUUUCUAUGAUGUUCUAAGCGAGCAUCCUGCCGAGAACACUCUUUUCCAGAUGAUACACCAUAAAUGGAAAGAGCACAUUGAGAAAAGGAACAACGACUUAUACAAACAGUAUGGAGGUGCCUUGGAUCUCGAGAUUUUAAGGAUGGCUCUUAAACAGACAGAUUAUCUAAAGGGCUGUCCAUCUGGCUUUGUAUAUUCUAUUGCGUUAUCAACGGUUGUUAAAGAAAUCCAAGAAGAACAGGCAAUAUUGUCACAUAAACAAUAUUCACAAGGUAAUAUAAUGUUUGUGUUGCUCAAAGGCAGUGCAAUACUUGUUAAUGAUGAACAAAACACUGAAGAAUAUUUGGAAGCAAAACAAGUUUUUCGGAAAUUGCCAUCAUCUCCACCAGAUGCUUGGAUCAAAGCUAAUGAGAUUUCUGUUGUGGCUUUCUUCCCUAAAACUGCUAUCAAAGAAGCUCUCGAUGCUUUUCCAUAUGUGGUUUUGGAAUGAAAUAUAACAUGCCAAAUGAGGAAAGAAUGUUCUUAUUACUGCAGUUUGAUUUGAGUCAAGCGCAGGGCAUGACUCUUGGGUGGGGUGCAAGUCUUGGGUGGGGAACUAGAAGUGCAACUCUCGGAGAUGCCACCCAUAAAUCCUAUUACAAGUCCUAAGUGGGGCAUGAGUAUUUGACGGGGUGCUAGUCUUGGGUGGGAGGAUUAUAAAAUCACCCAUAUUAAAACUGUAAGCUGUAGAUAAUAUUAUAAAUAAACAUAUUUAUGUACAAUAAUCCAACAAAACUAAAAAUCUAAUUCUUAAAAAAUGUGUACCCCAAGUAUAUUACAUUAAUUUGUUGGUUGCAAGAAUGCGUCAUGUAGAUAACUAUUUCCAGAAUGCUUUACAAAAGUUCUUACCUAUUUUGAUUUUUAGGCCCGUUCCAUAUGCGAGCCCCACUCAGUUUCAACCUCAGGCAGUUUCAAUUUGGUGUGGCAAGCUGUUAAGAUUGAAUGUACUUGCUACAUUAUUUGACACUAGAGUACCAGCUUAUUCUUACGUCACUCUUUUGCCAUACUAAAUUUAUCAAUAUUAGGUUUGGCACAUGAGUGGUUUAGUGGUUCGGCACAUGAGAAGUCUGAGUGGCGUGUGAGACAGGUCCUAUUCUCUUUUGAAUGAUAAAAGACUAUCCUCUAAUGUCAGAGCUGACAGAAAAUGGAAAGGGAACAGCAUUGACUGAUGCAACCCAGCACCAUAACUGGAACCAAACAAACCUUUGACAAAAGGUUUUUUAGAGGUAUUGAGUAUUGACCAAUAUUCAUAAGUUAUUGUGAUUUUGAUUUUGGUAUUGGCCAUAGUCGCCAUAUUUUCUUCCAAUGCCAUCAAUGUAAACCCAUACUGGUGACUCAAAAUUGCAAUAGGUUUUGUAUUCCGAUUCUCCUAUCGCAAGAUAAUAGACCCCUUCACGGUUCCCUGUGUCAUCUUGAAAGGUAGCCGGGCCUUUGCAUCGAAGCGA